GCCUGAGCUCUUCUAAGAUUAUAUAUUGCUGGUGAGUAAGUUCUGACAGAGGUCCAUGACCGGUUUUUCCGAGUUUCUAGAUCUUCACAGGAGUAUAAAGGCUGCAGGGAACAUCAUCCGGGUCAUCAUUGUUCGGCCUAGACCGUACAUCUACAUCAGGUUCCACGGUUAUAGAUAGCAAGCUACCUCACGACGGGCAGGCAUGGACCCUAAAUUGAAGAAGAUCAUCGAACUCAUCGAGUCCAAGAAGAAAUCGUCGCAUCCUUGGAAACGGCAGGAAAGAUUCGAUCAGCACUACUUCUCUUUCUCGCCCGACACGUCCUCAUGGCAGCAAGUCGCUCCGUCCAAGAACGCUCCAGAGGUGCCAGGGUUCUCUGGGUUUAUGCUCCUGUCAUGGAACAUCGACUUCAUGCUGCCUUUCACGGAUGAACGGAUGCGAGCUGCUCUCAAGCACCUGCAAUCUCAUGUGGAGGGCACCUCGCUCCCCAGCGUUAUCAUGCUGCAGGAAAUGCUUGAGACCGACCUGGCAUUACUGCAGACCCUACCGUGGGUUCGAGCCAACUAUAACAUGACCGAUAUAGACAACAAGUACUGGGAAUCUGGGCACUAUGGCACCUGCACGCUCGUUCCAAAGGUCUUGCCCAUCACUUCCGUCUUCCGUGUUCAUUACGAGCAGACAGUCAUGGAGAGAGACGGCCUGUUCGUCGAUGUGAUUUUUGGCAACGGCCAGAUCAUCCGCAUCUGCAAUACCCACCUGGAGUCGUUGAUCGCAGAUCCGCCAAAGCGACCUCACCAACUCGCAACCGCCGCCAAAUGGAUGCAUGACCCAGAGGCAAGCGGCAGUGUUCUCGGGGGAGAUCUGAAUGCCAUUCAGGACUUCGACAAGACACUCCAUUCGGACAAUAAUCUCCAAGACGCCUAUUUGUCACUUGGCGGGAAGGAAGAUACUGAUCAAGGAUACACCUGGGGCCAAAUGGCUCCGACUAGGCAGAGGAACAUGUUUGGGUGCAGUCGAAUGGACAAGUUGUUCUUCUGUGGACAGUUGAAAUGCGAGAAAUUCGAGCGUUUCGGCAUGGGGGUCGAAGCCGAAGAAGACAAUGUCAAGCAGGCUUUGAUCAAGGAAGAAGGGAUGGAGGCAGGCUGGGUCACUGACCAUCUGGGCGUGAAAGCUGAAUUCAGCGUUGACAAGGCCUCAAGCCCGAAAAUCUGAGGCUGCCUCAGAGUGUGAUUCAGGCCGCGACAAUGCCCGACCCCAGAUUGGAUUUCUCAAUUACACCUUCCAUAAUACUCCUCCCACUAAUGAUGCCAGUGGUGCAAAUGACGAUCUUCUUC